AUGGCGGUCCUUCCAGCUGAGGUUCACAAUGCUCUUUCGCAGCUGCUGCAAGGUCUCUCAUCCGCCGACAACGCUGUACGAUCGCAGGCCGAAGAGCAACUAAAUAAUGAAUGGGUAAUUGCUCGUCCAGACGUGCUCUUAGUCGGACUGGUCGAGCAAAUUCAAGGAGCCGCAGAGCCGUCGACCCGUUCAUUUGCUGCCGUUCUCUUCCGCCGGAUAUCGACCAAGACACGAAAAGAUCCUAAAUCAGACACCACUAAGGAGCUUUUUCUCACCUUGGAUCAACCUCAGAAGACUGUUAUCCGUACCAAACUGCUGGAGUGUUUGGCGAACGAGUCACUUCCGCAUGUGAGGAACAAGGUUGGAGACGCCAUUGCAGAAAUCGCCAGACAAUACGUCGACGAUGGAGAGUCAUGGCCGGAACUACUUGGCGCUCUGUUCCAAGCCAGCCAGUCGACCGACGCUGGUCAGCGAGAGGGUUCAUUCCGUAUCUUCGCGACCACUCCGGAUAUCAUUGAGAAGCAGCACGAAGAGAUGGUCCUUGGCGCAUUCUCGAAAGGCUUCAAGGAUGAUGACAUCUCUGUUCGCCUGGCUGCCGUAGAGGCCAUUGCUUCCUUUUUCAGAGCCAUUGAUUCAAAAUCGCGGAGGAAGUACUACUCUCUAAUUCCGGACAUUCUCAACAUUCUCCCUCCUCUGAAAGAUGCCCAAGACUCAGAUGAGCUCUCUCGCGCUCUCAUGGCCUUGAUCGAUCUUGCCGAAAGUGCGCCAAGAAUGUUCAAGCACCUUUUCCACAACUUGGUGACUUUCAGCAUUACGGUCAUCCAGGAUAAGGAGUUGGAGGAUCAGACGAGACAAAAUGCGUUGGAACUAAUGGCUACUUUUGCCGACUAUGAUCGGGAUAUGUGCCGAAAGGAUCCGUCUUACACGAAUGAGAUGGUUACUCAGUGCUUGAGCUUAAUGACGGACAUUGGCAUGGACGACGACGAUGCGGCUGAGUGGAACGCAUCCGAAGAUCUUGAUAUUGAAGACAGUGACCUUAAUCACGUUGCUGGCGAGCAGACGAUGGACAGACUGGCCAAUAAACUCGGAGGCCAGACUAUCCUGCCGCCGACCUUUAAUUGGCUUCCCCGUAUGAUGACCUCUUCUGCGUGGAGAGACCGGCACGCUGCCCUCAUGGCCAUCUCAGCCAUAUCUGAGGGAUGUCAGGAGUUGAUGGUCGGUGAACUCGACAAGGUCUUGGAUCUUGUCGUUCCCGCUCUGCGAGACCCGCACUCUCGCGUCCGAUGGGCCGGAUGCAAUGCUAUAGGCCAAAUGAGCACAGAUUUUGCCGGUACAAUGCAGGAGAAAUACCACCAGAUUGUCAUGGCAAACAUUAUCCCGGUUCUCGAAUCGACCGAGCCGCGCGUUCAGGCACAUGCUGCUGCGGCGCUUGUCAACUUCUGCGAGGAAGCCGAGAAGAGCAUCCUGGAGCCUUAUCUUGAUGACCUCCUUAGCCAUCUUCUUCAGCUUCUUCAGAGCCCAAAGCGUUUCGUCCAGGAACAAGCGCUGUCAACAAUCGCCACUGUUGCAGACUCGGCCGAGACUGCCUUUUCAAAAUACUAUGAUACCCUUAUGCCUUUGCUUUUUAACGUUCUACGGGAGGAACAGUCUAAGGAAUAUAGAUUGCUGCGCGCGAAAGCGAUGGAGUGUGCGACGCUGAUUGCUCUGGCUGUGGGCGAGCAGAAAAUGGGGCAAGAUGCAAUUGCUCUUUUGCAGGUGUUGGCAGCAAUUCAGCAAACUGUCAUUGACGCCGAUGAUCCUCAGGCAACCUACCUGCCUCACUGUUGGGGGAGAAUGUGCCGUGUCCUGCGCCAAGGAUUCCUGCCGUACUUGUCAUUUGUCAUGCCUCCCCUGAUGGAGCUUGCUAGUGCCAAGGCUGACAUUCAGCUUCUCGACGAUGAGGAGCAGGUGGCUCAGAUGGAAUCCGAGGAAGGUUGGGAGCUUGUUCCUUUGCGUGGCAAAUUUAUUGGUAUCAAAACCGCCACUCUGGACGACAAGAACAUGGCCAUUGAGCUGAUCACCAUCUAUGCUCAAACUCUCGAGGCCGCCUUUGAGCCGUAUGUAAUUGAGAUCAUGGAGAAGGUUGCUGUACCCGGACUCGCGUUCUUCUUCCACGAACCUGUCCGAGUUUCGUCUGCCAAGUGUAUUCCGCAGCUCCUCAGCUCAUACAAGAAGGCACACGGUGACCAAUCACCACAGAUUGCUCAGCUCUGGGCUGGCACAGUUGACAAGCUUCUCGAAGUGCUAAUGGCUGAGCCUACAGUUGACACCUUGGCCGAAAUGUAUCAAUGCUUUUAUGAGUCGGUGGAGGUUAUGGGUAAGAACUGCCUCUCGGCAGACCACAUGAAUAAGUUUAUCGAGUCCGCCAAAUCUGCUCUCGAGGAGUACCAAACUCGUGUUGCCGGUCGUCUAGAGGAGCAAGCGGAGCGCGAGCCAGGCGAAGAGGAGUCUGAGGAGACUCUCUUUGCUAUUGAAGACGAUCAGACCCUCCUCUCAGAUAUGAACAAGGCUUUCCACACCAUCUUCAAGAACCAAGGCACUUCUUUCUUGCCUCACUGGGAACGUCUUCUGAAUUUCUAUACAACCUUCCUUACGAACCAGGAUCCGACGCAGCGCCAGUGGGCUCUCUGCAUCAUGGACGAUGUGCUCGAAUUCUGCGGGCCGCAAUCGUGGAAUUAUAGCCAGCACAUCAUCCAACCUAUGAUCGCGGGCAUGCAGGAUGACGUUGCCGCUAACCGACAAGCUGCUUCCUACGGUGUAGGUGUAGCCGCGCAGUUCGGUGGGGAGCCCUGGUCCGAGUUCGUGGCCGCCAGUCUCCCCACGCUUUUUGCAGUCACCCAGCACGGUCAAGCUCGGGAAGACGAUCACGUUUUUGCUACUGAGAACGCUUGCGCCAGUAUUGCCAAAAUCCUUCACUUCAAUUCUACCAAGGUUCCGAACGUGCAAGAGAUUGUUAAUGCUUGGAUCGACACACUCCCCAUUGUCAACGAUGAAGAGGCUGCUCCUUAUGCGUAUUCUUUCCUCAUACAGCUGAUUGAGAAACAAAACCCUGCAGUAUACAAUCCUACUCAGGCUGCCAAGUCUUUUGUAUACAUCGCUCAGGCCCUUGAAGCGGAAACCAUUCAAGGCCAAACCGCCAACCGUGUUGUCGCUGCGGCUAAGCACCUCGUCGGGGCUGCGGGUCUCGAUCCUGCCCAGCUCCUUGCUCAGCUCACCCCAGAGACUCAGCAGACUGUUCGAGCAUACUUCAGCUAG